AUGCACUACAGCAGGAUUGGACUGUUGCAGGGGUCGGUGUUGUUUGAGGAUGUGUCUAUGGCCUUUACCCAGAAGGAAUGGCAGCUGCUGGACCCUAGUCAGAAGUGCCUAUACAGGGACAUGAUGUUGGAGAACUAUGGACACCUGGAAUCACUGGGCCUAUGUGUCACAAAACCUGAGCUGAUAUGCAGGUUGGAGAAAGGAGAAGAACCAUGGAUAUCAAAGAAGGAGCUGCCAAGUCACAGCCAUUGGGAAUACCAGAGAGCCACUAACUUGAAAGAAAGUCAAGAAAAUGAAGACAAAUAUUUGAGACAAGUUUUAUUCAUCAAUAACAAAACACUGAUUAAGGACAGAAGUAAGACUUUAAGAAAAAUAGGUGACUUGGCCACAGACCCAGUGCCCUCAAGAAAAAGAACUCAUAAAUGUGACUUAUUUGGAGGAAGCUUAAAAAAUGUUUCAGAAUUAAUUAUUAGCAACAGAAACCAUGUAAAGAAAAUAUCUGAUGAUUUCAAUGGAUAUGAGUAUCUUGACACUAAACAUGAGGACACUAAUCAUACAUGGAGUAAAGCACAAGAAAAUGAUCACAAUAAGAAAUCUCACCAUCCCAAUGAGGACUUUAUUCAAUAUCAACAGAAUUCAUCUUUGGGACAACUUCAAUAUAGUAAUUAUGGGAAGGCUGUUCACAGAAAGACAGUCUUUGUUACAUGUGAGAAAGCUUACACAAAAGAGAUACCCCCUGAAAGCAAUGAACAUAGACAAGCCUUCAUCAGAAAGCUAAAGCUUACUUCUUAUCCAAGGACCCUUGAGGAAAGGAAGCCCCAGGAGUUCAGUAAAAGUGGGAAAUCCUCAUGUAUGAAGUCACAGCAAGCUCAUCAAGAUAUUCACAUGGGGGAAAAACACUAUGAAGAUAACGCAUUUGGGAAAUCCUUGAGCAAAAAAUUAAACCUUACCCAAUAUCAGAGAAUUUCCCCAGGAGAAAAACCUGGUAAAAAUAACAAAUCUUUAUGGAAGUUGUACCACAGUGAAACUGAAACAACUCAUGCAGGGGAGAUGUAUGGCCUUAAGAAAUUGGGGAGAUCCCUUCAUGAAAAGUCAUGCCUUACUCAACAUCAGAGAACACUCCCAACAGAAGAACUAAGUAAGGAUGAUGAUAGGAAAGAGGCAUUAAAGAAUAAAUCAUAUCUCAUUGUAAGUCAGAGAAUUAACAGAAGAGAGAACAUCUUUAAGGGUAAUAAAAGUGAGAAAUCCUUUCACAAGAAGUCAAAACAUACUCAGCAAGAGAGUACAAGCUCAGGGAAAAAUCAUGAUGAGGGUGAAGAAAGUGGCAAAGCCUUAAGUAAGAAGUCACACUUCUGUGAAAACCAGAGCACCCACAAAGGAGAGAAAGCCUUUGACUGCAGUAAAUGUGGAGAACGCUUCUGUAAGAAAACGGAUCUUAGCCAGCAUCAGAGCACACACACAGGGAAGAAGCGCUAUGAGUGUAAUGAAUGUGAGAAAUCCUUCUUUGUGAAGUCCAACCUCACAGAACAUCAGAGAACUCACACAGGUGAAAAGCCAUAUGAAUGUAAUGAAUGUGGGAAGUCCUUCUGCCAGAAAUCAGCCCUCACAGUACAUCAGAGAACUCACACUGGAGAGAAACCAUAUAAAUGUAAUGAAUGUGGGAAAACCUUCUGUGUGAAAUCAAACCUUACUCAACAUCAAAGGACCCACACAGGAGAGAAACCCUAUAAAUGUAGUGAAUGCUGGAGAUCUUUCUGUGUGAAAUCCAACCUUGUGGUGCAUCAGAGGACUCAUACAGGAGAAAAGCCCUACAAAUGUCCUGAGUGUGGGAAAACCUUCUAUGAAAAGUCAGCCCUCACCAAACAUCAGCGAAUUCACACAGGGGAAAAACCCUACGAAUGUAAUGAAUGUAGGAAAACAUUCAGCCAGAGGUCAGCCCUUACCAAACAUCAACGAAAAACACACAAGAAGAAAACUCCCAUCAAUGCUACGCACAUACAGAAUCCUGUAUUAUCAAACCAAACUCAAUGA